UCUCUGCAGCGGUGUAUGAGUGCACUAUUGCUAUUUAUUGUGUUAGAAUGUAGAUUUUUUACUGAAUAUAUGAAAUAUUCUAUAUUUUAAACACAUUUAGAAUAUCAAAUGUCAAUAUGUGGUCUAUAAUAAUUUUAGUAAUACUCUCGAUAAUAGCUUUUCUAAUUACCGAUGAAUUGAUACCAAAAUUGAAGGAAUUGUUCAUAAAAGCUGGUUUAGGUGGCAUAGAUUUAUGUAAAACUAGUAAGGAGAAAAUCCCUGAAGCAUUGGGAGUAGUCUCAGGAUGUGUGUUCCUGGUAACAUGUUUCUUAUUCAUUCCUAUAGUUUUUGGCAACAGCCUUAUGGACACUGCAAAUUUUCCACAUAAUGAAUUUGCAGAGUUACUAGCAGCCCUCCUCUCCAUAUGCUGCAUGCUGCUGCUGGGGUUCGCGGAUGAUGUGCUGGACCUGCGGUGGCGGUACAAGUUACUGCUGCCGACUAUCGCUUCCCUGCCUUUGCUGGUGGUCUACUAUGUGAACUUCAACUCCACUACAUUCAUUGUGCCCUUGCCCUUUAGACAAUGGCUUGGAGUAUCUAUUAAUAUUGGAUUCCUCUACUACAUCUACAUGGGCAUGUUGGCAGUCUUCUGCACAAAUGCCAUCAACAUCCUAGCUGGCAUCAACGGCCUGGAGGUCGGCCAGUCGGUGGUCAUUGCCGUCUCCAUCAUCAUCUUUGAUAUCAUCGAGUUGAGGGGCGACCAGUACAAGGCCCACACCUUCUCACUACAUAUCAUGAUACCUUACUUGACUACUGCCCUCGCAUUGCUGAAGCAUAAUUGGUACCCGUCGCGAGUAUUCGUCGGCGACACCUUCUGCUACGUCUCCGGCAUGACCUUCGCCGUCGUCGCCAUCCUCAGCCACUUCAGCAAAACCGUCAUCCUCUUCUUCAUCCCGCAGGUCAUCAACUUCCUCUACUCCGUCCCACAGCUCUUCCACUUCAUCCCCUGCCCCCGCCACCGCCUCCCGAAAUACAGCGCUGAACUCGACCUACUACUGCCCAGCAGAACACUCAUAGUCAAAAAAGAUAUGAAAUUAUUAGACUCCUUAAUGCUCAAAGUCUUAACCGUACUACGCUUAGUAGAUAGAAUAGAAGACAACGACAGCAUAACUAUCAACAAUUUAACUUUAAUAAACUUCUUUCUAAUCAAACUUGGACCUAUGUCGGAAGUUAAAUUAACAGUAAAUUUAAUGCUCUUUCAAGUUUUCUGCACUUGUAUCGCAUUUUUAAUAAGAUAUCCAUUGGCGUCAUAUUUUUAUGACACGUAAGUAAGCGUAUUUCCAUUUAGUUUUAAGAUAGAUAAAUGCUAAGUGAAUGUUUUUAAAUGUGUUGUUUUCGUUGCGUAUAUUUAUAUUUUAUGAAUAUAAUUUGUCAAUCAGCUCAUCUCAUAACAUAAUCAGUAUACAGCAAACGGCCAUAAAGAAUGCACAUCGGUCUUUGGAAAGAGACAAUUAACAUCACAUAGGCAAGAAAGAGACAACGCUCUAGGAAGACGAAAAUCCGAUGUGCGUUCUUUAUGGCCGUUUACUGUACCCUAAGACAUAUCGAAUUUGCGUUAUAACUACAGUCUAAGUCUGUCUACAGUAAAGCAUCGAAAGUAUGCUUGUACCAUUCUCUAAACCUAGUAAUAAAUAUCUGAAGAAAAGUACAGCAUGUCUCUACAUGUAUAUAUAAAUUAGGCUGUGACACUAAUUAAAAAAAAAGAAAUGUAUAAAUAUAACUUUCAAAAAGAUGCGUUGUUUCAUCCACUGCAAAAGCUAACUGUAUAACAAUCUUUGAAAGAGUUGACUAACCAAAUGUGAAGUUGUGAACCUUAAUGCAAUGUAUAUUGUUGUCAGUUUUGCGUGAUUUUACUGAUAAUUUAGUCAAAAUACAUAUAUGAAUAUAGAUUACUCAAAUUAAACUUUGUUAUACA